AUGGAUUCAGUCAGACAGUCAGGCAGUCAGUCGGUUAGUCAAUCAGUCAGUCACGCCAACUCCUCUGACAUUGGUCGGAGACGGGCCGCAGAAUAGCAGCGGUUGACACUGGAUCUAGCUCGACAAGAGUGGAAGCAUCAUAAAAUCUCUAGCGACAACAUCUCGGAGAUGGGGCUCGACUCACAUCUUCUCCAGAAGCUCCUCCACAUGGAGCCAAUGUCUGUAAUCAAAGAGGGGCAAAAGGGCCAUCAGCAAAAGAACAAGACCAGCUAGAGCCCGAGCAGCACAUUAUUUAAAAGCUCCUUGCUGUACGGUGCAGGUGACAGCAGUUCGAUGCGCAUGAGGUCGGUCAAUCACAAAGGCUAAAGGGGUGGAGGGGAGUAGAGCGUGGGGCGAACAGAUUUUCUCGAGCCGAGAGGACACACCUUUGCUUUGCCCUUGCCGGAUCCCACCUUCACUCUCCAUAGUCAAAAGACAGUGAUACAAUUUCGACAUGAACUGAUCGAGGUCAGGGUGGUCAGCCCUGAGUCUCCUGGCGCGUUGACUGCCUGAGACAGGUCGAUGUCCAGGGGCUAUAGCUCAGGAGGAUUCAGGAGCAUGGCAUGGCCAUGAGAAGUCCCUGAUCAGAGCAUCACAACCAGGUCAACGAGCAUGAUCCAUCGGCAUUCGGCAUAGCUUGCCUGAGGGAAUUGGCAUCUCCAAAAGGAGACCCCACUUUGACCAGCGAGUGUCGUAUAAAUCAACCACUUCUCCCAUACCCCACUCACCUAUUAUCCCGCACGCCAGGGGCUCCUUCUGCUCGUGUCAGGUCUAAGUCGAUCGAGAAUGGAACGUGACUUUGGGGACACCAAGGCCCCGUUGAAAGUUUGAUUCAAAUUCGAGUGACAGUGCCAGCAACGGAUGCAGUGCAUUAUUGGGGAGCUGCAGCAGGAUAUAAAGUGCCCAGGCCUGCAGCCUGUCAUUCAAGGAGAUUCUCACUUAGGAAAAACAGGAGCAUUUGGAGAGAUCAGCUGGGACGGCACUUUUCCUCAUUGGAGCUCGAUGGGGAGACGGAUUGAUGAGGAGUGAGUGACUGUGAUCCGGAUCUUUGGCCGCCCGAUUGCAUCACCUUCGUUGGCCCGGACUCCUGGAAACAAGCUGAAGGUCCAAAAUGCCGCUUGGAGAGGCAAAUCUGUUCGGGCUCACUCAGUUCGACAAUAAGGAGAGCUUUUUCUCAGGAAAACCAAUAUUGUCUCAGGGUAUCGGCUAUGCCGUUGUUGUAGGAUAUGGAGCUUUCUUCGUCCUUCUGACAGGCCUUUUGUCGUUCCUGGACCAACGCUACGGAGGCACGAAGGACAACUCUGAGGAAUUCAACACAGCUGGUCGGUCGAUCAAAACCGGCCUCAUAGCCGUGGAUGUCGUGAGCCGCUGGACAUGGGUGGCAACAUUGACAGUGUCUGUGAACGAAGCUUACACGUACGGAGUUAGUGGACCAUUCUGGUUCUCUGCAGCAGCAGCCAUUCAACUCAUCGUGUUCGCAAUCGUUGCUCUGGAGGUGAAGCGCAAGGCCCCCAAGGCGCAUACUGUCAUUGAACUCAUCCGCCUGCGAUGGGGACAUCCCACCGCCUUUGUAUUCAUGUAUCUAUGCUACCUCAACAAUUUCUGCAUCGCCAUACUACUAUUCAUAGGAGCUGGAGCGAUUUUGACUGCAGUGACAGGGAUGAAUUUGUACGCGACGCUGGUCCUGCUGCCCCUCGGAGUGAUAAUAUACACAUUCGGCGGGGGCCUGAAGGCGACCUUCACCUCUUCAUACCUUCACACUGUCAUCAUCUUCAUAACCGUGAACGUCAUGUUCUUCGUGAUCUACGGCAGCAACAACAAUCCCGUGGGGACGAUUGCCGACGUGUACAACAACCUGCGAGUCCUGGCGGAAGCCGUGCCGGUCAAAGAUAACAAGGAAGGGAGCUAUCUGACGAUGUUCAGCAGCGGCGGACUGCAGUUCGGAAUUUGGAACCUGGUGGGCGCCUUCGGGACCAUCUUCGCGGACCAGGGCUACUGGCAGGGCGCCAUCGCGGCCACCCCGCGCUCCGCCUUCCGGGGCUACAUUUUGGGCGGCUUGCUCUGGAUCCCCAUCCCCUUCGCCUUCUCCACGGCGCUGGGCCUCGGCGCUCUCGCCGCCGACCUGCCCAUCAGCAAGGACGAGUACGGCGCCGGCCUCAUCUGCGUGGCCGCCGCGCAGUUCUUCAUGGGAACAGGGGGCGUGGUUCUCAUCUUGACGGUUGUGUUCAUGUCCGUCACGUCCGCCGGAUCCGCGCAGUUCAUGGCCAUGAGCUCGCUCUUCACUUACGACGUGUACAAGACGUACUUCAAUCCCAAGGCGACGGACCACGAGAUGCUGAUGGUGUCGCGAACGUCGGUCUGCGCGUUCGGCUUGGUGAUCGGAGCCCUGUCAUGCCUCUGCGUCAAGGUGGGAAUCGACGUCAACUUCCUCUUCUUCGUGGACGGCAUCCUGCUGGCGUCGAGCUACAUCCCCUUGAUGAUGAUGGUGAUGUGGAAAGACGUGCCGGCCGGUGCCGCCGUCGCCAGCGCUCUGGGAGGCCAAGCCGUCGGCCUCACCGUCUGGCUGUCUCACGUCUGGAUUGUGUACAAGAGGUUCACGGUGAAGGACACGCUGCAGAGACUGGGCCCGACUCUGUCUGCGACCUGCGCUGCCGUGGCGGCUUCGUUACUUAUUCUGUGCGUGUGGACGUGGAUCAGGCCGACGAAGGAUGACUACAUCGAAAAGUUUAAGCAGAUCGAGUUGAUGGAUGGAGUAGUUAUCGUCGAGAACACGGACAAAGGAGGUUCGGAAAUGCACCCCUGGUUCAACAAGUACACAUGUUUUGCCAUGCCUCUGUCCUUCGUCCUCCUCGUCGCCUGGCCUCUUCUCACGCUCCCAGCCGACAUUUUCUCCCAGGGUUACUUCACUUUUUGGGUGGUUUUGGCCGCAGUCUGGACAAUCAUUGCGACUUUGGUUGCCACCAUUCAGCCUCUAGUCGAAGCUAGACGCGCCUUAUAUAGGGUUAUUGGAAAUAUGCUGGGUCUCCCAAUGGGACCCAAACCGGACAAUUCUGUAAAACCUCUGGAUCAAGCCCAGGAUUAUGAGAAGAGUCCAGUGAAAAGUCAGAAAAGUUGAAGAUUAGGACGGAUCACGUGCUUGAGCACCUCUUUCAUUACUUCCGUUGUACAUAUAACAAGCAAUAUACAAUCAUUUGAGGUUCAGUUAGCGCGUAAAUAAUUCAACCCCAAGGCCGAAUAAGAACUGAGUUGCCCUGAACAUGAACUUCCACUCGAAAUGAGGGUGGGUUCAGAUCCUCUGCCCAUGGAGCGUGUUCGCAUGAAUGCGUUUCGUCGUUUCACAUCAUCCCGCAGGAAGAAAGUUCGGAGAAUAGGCGGCUAAUUGGCCGUACCAAAAACAUCUUAUGCAUCGUGUGCAAUCCUCACGCACAACAUGCUGCAAUCGAUAACUCAUGUAUUUGCAGUUAUUGAUGCUAGCGUACAAGCAAAAAGGAUUACGAGGA